CGCUGUUCUUCCUUCUCUCCUUUUAUAAACUGGUUUCUCUCUCUCUGCACCCAACAAAUUUCAGGGCUUUUCUCUGGCUGGACUCCAUUUCCAAGUUUCUCAAAUUCCGGCGUUUCUUUGCAGUGGUGGUUUCGGAAUAUUGAGAUAUGCUACCUUUUGUUGGCUCUACAACUAACAGGGCUGGACUAACCAUACUGGAUUCUAACAUAGUCACUGUUGAUGUGGGUGGGCAGAUCUUCCAGACCACAAAGCAAACACUCACUCAAGCCGGCCCCAAAUCCCUUUUUUCUGGGGUUUCCGAGUCCCACUCCGGUGUGUUAUUCAUCGACCGAGACCCCGAGUUGUUCUCGGUCCUUCUUUCGCUUCUCAGAACCGGUAAUCUUCCUUACAAGGUCAAAGCUUUCGACGUCCAAGACCUUAUUUCUGACUCCCAGUUCUACGGCAUCGAACCCCUUUUGUUGAAUUCGCUCUCGAACCCGUCUCAGUUUGACGCGUUCAACCUCGAGAAAUCGCUGGUUCUGCCGCUGAACGGCCGCGAUUCUCCGUCCACGAUCACCACGGCACCGUGCGGGUCGGUCCAUGUGGCGCACGGGAGCAAGAUCACCUCUUUCGAUUGGUCUUUGACGAGGAAGUCAACGAUUCUGACCCAAUUCACUGCCGUCGAUUCGUUGCUGGCGAUAUCACCCUUUGUGGCUGCCGCCGGGGCCACCGAUGCCUCGGGGCUUCAGAUUCUUGAUCUCCAAACUGGGAAUGUGAAAAAGAGCUUGAAUUGGGAGAAUGCGACUCGGUCUAGUUCAACGGUGCAAGCGAUUGGAUCCUCGCCCGAGUUCCUAUUCUCUAGUUUCGAAUCGGGUCGGCGAAAUUCGAAUUCAAUCGUGGUCUAUGAUCUGCAGAGCUUGAGUCCGGUGAUGGAGAUUAAUCACUCUGAAAUUUACGGUGCCGAGAUUGAAUCGGCAAUCCCGGCUACGAAAUUGAUUUGGGUUUCGGGUUACAGUUUGUUAAUGUCAUCCGGGUCUCAUAGUAGGCUUUCAGGAGUAUUGGGUAACAUCAAAUUUUGGGAUAUAAGGUCGGGAAACAUGGUUUGGGAGUUCAAGGAGAAGGUAGAUUGCUUUUCGGAUGUAACGGUCUCGGAUAAUUUGUCUAGAAUUUUUAAGGUUGGUGUAAAUACCGGUGAGCUGUUCUUUGCAGAUAUGCGUAAUGCUGGGAGAGAAAAUCCAUGGGUUUGUCUUGGGGAUAGUGGAAAAGUACCGGUGAAUGGGAAGAAAGAAGGUUUGUGUUGCAAGGUUGAGAGCCAUGGGAAUCAAGUGUUUUGCAGCAAGGGAGGGGAAAUAGAGCUGUGGACAGAGGUAGUGAUGGGGUGUUCAAAGAAGAGUGAAGAUGGAUUGGAGAAUAGGGUUUUUAGGAAGAACUUAAUGGGGAGAGUGAAGGAUAUGGGAGCUCCCAAGAUUACCAACUUGGCUUUUGGAGGGAACAAGAUGUUUGUGACUCGGAAGGAUCAGCAAAAUGUCGAGGUCUGGCAAAUCAAUUCAGCCAGGGGAUUUUGAUUUUUGACCUUUUAUUA